GCAGUUCAGUGAGUGUGUAGCAGCAGAGUGAUCACUCCGUGUGUGAGAGUGAGUGUGUGUAAGUGUGUGUGUUUUAGUUAGUUAGUAAGUGUGUGUUUUACUGUGUUUUAGUGUGUGUGUUUACCGGUACCGGUCAUGGCUGAGGUAGGCUCUCCGCGCCGGUAUCACUUCGUCGUGUUCGGGGCCUCCGGCUUCACCGGCCGCUACGUGCUGGAGGAGGCGGCGCGCUGCGCGGCGGAGGCCCGGGAGGAGCUGCGCUGGGCGGCCGCGGGCAGGAGCAGAGCCCGCCUGGAGACCGCGAUCAGCCAGGCCGCCGAGAGUCUCGGUAAGCCGGAGCUGCAGACGGAGGUGGAUAUAAUCGUGGCGGAUGUGGACGAUGCGGAGUCGUUGGCGGUGAUGUGUAAACAGGCGGUGAUUGUUCUGAACUGUGUGGGUCCGUACAGGUUCUUUGGAGAGCCGGUGGUCAAGGCCUGUGUGGAGAACGGGGCGCACUGUGUGGACGUCAGUGGAGAACCUCAGUUUCUGGAGGGUAUGCAGUUGAAGUAUGAUGGUGAGGCGGGGGAGAAGGGGGUGUAUAUAGUGGGAAGCUGUGGAUUCGACUCCAUUCCAGCAGAUCUGGGAAUCCUGUUCACCAGAGACCAGUUUAAAGGCACUCUUACAUCGGUGGAAAGUUUUCUGACGGCGAGUGCAGGACCCGAGGGUGCGUGUAUUCACGAGGGGACGUGGCAGUCUCUGGUGUACGGUCUGUCGGACAGCGGGACGCUCCGCAGCCUGAGGAAGAAGUUCGGCCAUAAACCACUUCCUGUUGUCGGAGCCAAAAUCAAACGCAGGAGUGCUCUGUUCUACAGUAAUGAGAUCCAGCAGUACUCGGUUCCCUUCAUGGGAGCUGAUCCAGCCGUGGUGAAGAGAACCCAGAGGUUCCUGCAUGAGGAGCUCCAGGAGAACCCGGUUCAGUACGGGGCGUACGUCGGAGUGGGCGGAGUCUCCUCCGUGGUGAAGCUGCUAUUCGCUGGUCUGAUGUUCUGGAUUCUGGUUCAGUUCAGUUUUGGGAGGAAUCUUCUGAUUAAGUUUCCACGUUUUUUCUCUUUUGGAUAUUUCUCCAAGGAGGGACCAACCCAAAAACAGAUGGAGGGCUCUUCGUUCAGGUUUGGGUUUUAUGGAGAAGGCUACACUGAAGGUCAGGAUCCGUCUGAGGGGAAACCCAACGCCAAGAUCCGCACCCUCGUCCAGGGACCAGAGGCGGCGUACGUGGCUACACCCAUAGCGAUGGUUCAGGCAGCGUUCACCAUCCUGAACGAACUGGAUUCACUCCCUAAAAAGGGUGGAGUCUACACUCCCGGCGCCGCCUUCGCCAAGACCACCCUCAUCGACCGUCUCAACAAACACGGCAUCCAGUUCUCCGUGCUGUAGACCCGGCCGACCGCAGCCGGACUCCGAGCGGAGCGGCGCCACAGCCCGUCCAUUUAUUCUCAGAGACACGGGGACACGCCUACAUACCCUAACGCCCUGGAUACACUACAUGUAAGAGAGGGGUAAAUUCAGCAUAUAGAGCUGUUAGAGCCGAGCGAUAUGCUUUAAAUAUAAUAAAAAUAUAUAUAUCACACUACUAAGACAGCUUUACAAACCAUAAUAUUACGAUAUAGAUUUUUCAUUAUUUUUAUAUAAUUAUUAAUAAUUGUAGGUAAUCAAGUUUGCAAAUCAAAAGUGCAAUUCUUAAUGGACGUCAGAGUAAAAAGAUUUUAUUCCAGGUACUUUUGGAAUAAUAUACAGCACAACGUUCAGAUUAUAUUAUAUUAAAAAUCUUAUUUAAAGGAAAAUGCCAUUGUUUUGGAGUUAGCUAUUAACAUUUUUCAACUCCUGUUAUUAAUGCACCAAAUCUAAUUUAUUUGUCUUAAAAUUACCAAAAAGACGCUUUUUGUGUUCGUCUAAAUACGUGACAAUAUAAAAGAACAAUGGCAUUUUUUAUGAAAAGCAAGAUUCAGAUUAUAUUAUGCUAAAACAAAACAAAACACAAGUUGUUCUUUAUAUUGUUCCCUAAUUUUAAGAUGAAUGGACCAAUAGAAAUGCUUCUAAAAUACCAAAGAAUAAAAUCUGUUAUUUUUUUUUUAUUGAUGUCCAUUAGCUAUUACACUAAUAACAGUAAUGAAGCUUAAAAACAGCAAAAAAAACUCAUAUAAACUAAAUUAGACUGUUUCUAAUAAUAUACAGCUCAGUGGUACUUUACGACAAUGCAAUUAAUUUUUAAGUCGUUUUAAAAUUAAAAGCUUAAAAUAAAAUGUAAACUAGGGGGCACUAGAAACAUCAUUAGUACAGAUACACCUGACCUAUAGGGAGUAAAACACACUGUUUAAAGCUCUAUCUGGACGAGAUUAGUAUCUCAGGGGUUCGUCUGUGAAAAACAGUGAUAAAACUCCUGCAUCCGAACUGCAAUCGUAAAAACUGGAGGAUCAGUGAGUUUUUAGUUUUUCUCGGUCACAUGACAUCACAGCGUUCAGUAGCUCCUCCAUUUCCACUCUCUGCUGUUGCGCCCCCAAAGUGUAAUUACGGUGCCCGGCAGUGGACAAAUAUCUAAAUAAAAACAGUAGAUAAUUCAGCCUGUAAUUUUUUCAGAGGACGUCUGAGAAAAACACCUACAUGAUCGUUCUGGACGGGAAUAAAAUCACAGAGGAUAAAAAAAACAAAAAAAAAAACAAAAGAGAAAAUUACCCAGAACCCCCUGAGAUACUAAGUUUAAGUGAUUCAGUUUAUCAUUAAUUUAGCGUAAUUAGUGCGAUCACCUGGUCUGAUCAGGAGGUGUUUAGUGUAUCCUGGUCUAUAAGCUGGUUUAUAUAACGCUGUGUUUAUAUAACCUGAACUGUUGCUUCUGUUUGCACCGAUCUGCACGACUGCUCCUCUUAUUUUUGCACUAAAACACUAAACGCUGCAGAUCUCAGAGAGCUGAAUUAAUCAGAGUAAAUUGGUGUUUUUGUAAGUGAAUCUUGUAUAAAUGGUGUAUUUUGAUAUGAUUUAGUGCAAAUUUACUCUGAGUCUGAGUAAGAGAAUGAGCAGCAUGUUCUGAUUGUUUAAAUAAAAAACUAAAUAAAUCUGGA